UUAAGGGCAGGCUGCCAGACAAAGUACAAGGAUGAGCACGACGGCAGCGUGCGAGUUUGUCCCAGGUGCCACAACCCAUCUAUCGCAGCCGUGAAGCAGACGGACAUCUUUGAGUUCUGCUACAUACCUCUGAUUCCCUACAGCAGCUCUCAUCUCUGGCAGUGCAGCAUCUGCCGU